AAGUUACACACGGAGUCGGAGACCACAUGUGGCAUUGUUGUUAUUAAUACAAAGUAAGUAGGCCUAAGUAAUUGAAGCUGAAGCAAAGCGCUAGGCUCUAGCUGAGAAUACGUUACGCCGAAUCAGCAAAUUCCUAAUCCGUGGAUCUACCAUUCUCCUUUUUUCACCGUGGUUUAAAUUCUGUUAUCCCAACAUGGAGUUUGGAGAAGAGAACUCAGUUGUUGAAGCCAGUUUUGAGAACAAGGAGGUUCAUUUUCCAGCAGAGAACCUGCGUGAAAAGAAAGCCACAGAAGAGUUCAGACGAAAAUUAGAUGAAAGGCGAGAAAAGAGGCAAAUAGAAAAAAAGCUUGCUGAGGUGUGUUCUCUUGCACAUGCAGCAGCUGAUGAUGAUAGUGUUGUUAACUGGGUUGAAAAAUCAAGAAGGAUACAGAAAGAUAAAGAUGAAGCUAAAAAAAGAGCAGAAAUGCUCGAAGAAAUGGAUGUGGCUUUUGGAGUAAAAGAUUUGGUAACAGCUGAACUGAUUAAACAAAAAGCAUACACAAGUAGAGAUUUACAAGGAAUUAAAGUAGAACAUGGCAGGGAAAUGAUGGCAGAAGGGAAAGAAGUAGUAUUGACUCUUAAAGAUCAAAACAUAUUGCAAGAAGGGGAUGUUUUGAUAUAUGUCAACCUUGUUGACAUAGAAGGCUAUAAAAAGAACAAUGAAAUCAAGAAACAGAGACCUGGCUACCAGCCAUGUGCAGAGGAAGGAAUGGAUGAAUUGGGUCUUCCUAUUCCUAAACCAAAGCUUGUGCUUGCUAAAUAUGACACAGAAAUAGAAGGAGAAAAACAUGAUAGCUUUGUUCUAGGUAAAAUUGCUGGCAAUCAAGAAGCCAAAAAGUUGAUGAAAGACAAACUCAAAUUGCAACAGAAGAAAAUUGAAUCGCUGGGAUCGGGACCGCUCCGAAUUGCAUCUGAAUAUUACACGGCUGAAGAAAUGAUUUCCUUCAAAAAGGUAAAACGACGUGUCAAAAAGAUUCAGUCCAAUGUUGAUGGAAUUUUGAAAGCUGAUGAUGAUCUUAUUCAAGAAACACAAGAAGGGACAAUUUUGUCAGACUUAGGAACCAGCUCUCGAAAGAAGAAAAUAAAUGAAGACGCACCAGAAGAUUUGAGCAGCUUUAAAAUUACUACAGACGAAUCGCAGAAAGAAAUAUGUCAGGCACUAUUAAAAGCGAAUCAGCUAAAAGAAAGAAAGAUUGAACAAUGGAACAUCAUACAGUCAAAAAAGCGCGAAAUUUUGGAAGAAACUAAAGUUGUAGAUGAGGAUCAUCUGAAGAGUAGCAUAAUAUUGAAUGCGACUGCUGAAUUUUGUCGCAUUCUUGGUGACAUACCGACCUAUGGUAUGGCAGGCAAUCGCGAUGAAGACGAAGAUGAGUUAAUGGAUUUCGAGCGACAGUUGGCAAAAGAACGUAGAAGAAAUCAAGAAAUAGAAGAACGAAAAAGAGAGGCUGAGCGACUUCAAGACCGCGGUGGAUGGAACGUUUUAUUCGAGCGUGAAAACGAACAAGGUUCGGGCGACAGCAUGGAUAUCGAUCGUAAUGAAAAUGAACACGCUACGUUACCGUCCGUUAUCCUGGACGAGGAACCUAACGUUGGCUCGGGAAUGGCUGCAGCUUUGAAGUUGGCUAUGAGUAAAGGCUAUCUGGAAAAGGAAGAGGAGAAAAAGAUAGUUAUUUCGAAGUCCGCCCAAGAGCUGCAAGCACAGCGCUACACCAUAGAAGACAAAACAACAGAGGAUGACAAAUAUUCGAGAAGAAAUCGUCUCGAUGGUCCGAUCGUUAAAUUUAAAGGCAAAGAGGGUUACAAACCUUUGCCAAAGCUUGAGUAUACUGAUGAUAAUGGCAAAGCCAUGUCGACUAAAGAAGCUUUCCGUCACUUAUCACACAAGUUUCAUGGUAAAGGAUCCGGUAAACUUAAGUCUGAAAAGCGAGCCCAAAAGGAUGAAGAUAAAAUGCUGAUGAACCGAAUGUCCUCGAUUGAUACACCGCUCAACACACUAAAAAGGUUACAGGACAAGCAGAGAGAAAUGCGAAGUCCAUACGUGAUUCUCAGCGGUAAAAAGGCACCGUAAGCCUCACUACGGCCUAUCAGACAAGUUUCACGGUAAAGAAUCCGUUAAACUGAAAUCUAAAAAGCUAGCCAAAAGUCCGUGAUCCUCAGUCAGCGGUGAAAUGGCACCGUAUGUCUUUCAAUUGUAACGCAAUAAUUCUUAUUAAUUGCAAUACCUUUUCUUAUUUAUAAAUCUUUCUGAAUAAAUAUUGAGAAUACUGAAUUAU